AAAUUCCCUUCCUUUGCCCCUUCCUCUACACAGCCGGCCUUGGACACCAGCAAAGCUGUCUGCCUCACCUCUGCCCACUCCUGGCAAACCUAUCAGAACCAAAGCCUACCAGUCAGAAGCAUGGCUAUGAAAUGUGGCAAGUGUGGCCCCGGCUACCCUACCCCUUUGGAGGCCAUGAAAGGACCCCGAGAGGAGAUUGUCUACUUGCCCUGUAUUUACCGAAACACAAGCACUGAGGCCCCGGAUUAUCUGGCCACUGUUGAUGUCAACCCCAAGUCUUCCCAGUAUUGCCAGGUCAUCCACCGGCUGCCCAUGCCCUACCUGAAGGAUGAGCUGCAUCACUCAGGAUGGAACACCUGCAGCAGCUGCUUUGGGGACAGCACCAAAUCGCGCACCAAGCUAGUGCUGCCCAGUCUCAUCUCCUCCCGUAUCUAUGUGGUAGAUGUGGGCUCUGAGCCCCGUGCCCCAAAGCUACACAAGGUCAUCGAGCCCAAGGAGGUCCACACCAAGUGCAAUCUGGGAUACCUCCACACCAGCCACUGCCUUGCCAGUGGGGAGGUCAUGAUUAGUGCCCUGGGAGAUCCCAAGGGCAAUAGCAAAGGGGGUUUUGUGCUGCUGGAUGGGGAGACCUUCGAGGUAAAAGGGACGUGGGAGCAGCCUGGGGGAGCUGCACCAAUGGGCUACGACUUCUGGUACCAGCCUCGACACAACGUCAUGAUCAGCACCGAAUGGGCAGCCCCCAAUGUCAUAAAAGAUGGUUUCAACCCUGCUGAUGUGGAGGCAGGGCUAUAUGGAAGUCACUUACAUGUGUGGGACUGGCAGCGCCAUGAGAUCAUACAGACCCUGCCUCUGAAGGAUGGGCUUAUUCCCCUGGAAAUCCGCUUCCUGCACAACCCAGCUGCUGCUCAAGGCUUUGUGGGCUGUGCCCUUAGCUCCAACAUCCAGCGCUUCUACAAGAAUGAGGGAGGUACUUGGUCAGUGGAAAAGGUGAUCCAGAUCCCUCCCAAGAAAGUUAAGGGUUGGAUCCUACCUGAAAUGCCAGGCUUGAUCACUGACAUCCUGCUGUCCCUGGAUGACCGUUUCCUCUACUUCAGCAACUGGCUGCAUGGGGACCUGCGGCAGUAUGACAUCUCUAACCCUCAGAAGCCUUGCCUCACUGGACAGAUCUUCCUUGGGGGCAGCAUUGUUAAGGGAGGCCCUGUACAAGUGCUGGAGGACCAGGAACUCAAAUGCCAACCAGAGCCUCUGGUCGUCAAGGGAAAACGGGUGGCCGGAGGCCCUCAGAUGAUCCAGCUUAGCCUAGAUGGGAAGCGUUUGUACGUUACCACAUCUCUGUACAGUGCCUGGGACAAGCAGUUUUACCCUGAUCUCAUCAGGGAAGGCUCUGUGAUGCUGCAGAUCGAUGUAGACACAGUAAAGGGAGGGCUGAAGUUGAACCCCAACUUUCUGGUAGACUUUGGGAAGGAGCCCCUUGGGCCAGCCCUAGCCCAUGAGCUCCGCUACCCAGGAGGUGACUGCAGCUCUGACAUCUGGAUCUGAAGUCUACCCCUCAGAGCCCCUCUUCCCACAUUCUGAGCCCCCACUUCAAAGGGACCUGGCUUCAUUCUGCUCUCUCUUGGCCUCUGAACCAUGGCAGUUUGUCCUUCCAAAGCCAAACAGAGACUGUUGAAACAUGUUGAAUGGCAUCCCCUUUUCCUAACCACUGCUGUUUGUUACUCCCUGUGCUGUUUUUACAUGAACUCUCAGAAGAAAUAAACUGGUCAACCUGU